CCCCGGCCCUCUGCAGCCCCCCAGCUCGCUCCCCAGCCGGGGGCAGGCCCGUUCCCCGGGUCAGCAUGUCCGACUCAGAGGAAGAAUGUCAGGACCGGCAGCUCAAAAUCGUCUUGCUGGGCGACGGCACCUCUGGAAAGACCUCCUUAGCUACGCGGUUUGCUCAGGAAGCUUUUGGGAAACAGUACAAACAAACUGUAGGACUGGACUUCUUUUUGAAAAGGAUAACAUUGCCAGGAAACCUUAAUGUUACUCUACAAGUUUGGGAUAUAGGAGGGCAAACUAUAGGCGGCAAGAUGUUGGAUAAAUAUAUCUAUGGAGCACAGGGAGUUCUCUUGGUAUAUGACAUUACAAAUUACCAAAGCUUUGAGAAUUUAGAAGACUGGUAUAACAUGGUGAAGAAAGUGAAUGAAGAGUCAGAAACACAACCAUUGGUGGCCUUGGUGGGCAAUAAAACAGGGAGCUCGAGUUCAGAGGCUGUGCUUAUGUUGCUGAGAAGAGCUGAGUCAUUCAUAGUUGAUCAUCACACAAUAUUGCUGUUACUGGUUGAUUUGGAGCAUAUGAGAACAGUAAAACCUGAUAAACACCUACGGUUUUGCCAGGAAAAUGGCCUCAGUAGCCAUUUUGUGUCAGCAAAGACGGGAGACUCUGUCUUCCUGUGUUUUCAGCGAGUUGCUGCUGAAAUCCUGGGGAUCAAAUUAAACAAGGCAGAAAUUGAACAGUCACAGAGGGUGGUGAAGGCAGAUAUUGUAAACUACAAUCAGGAGCCUGUGUCAAAAACUAUUAACCCUCCUAGAAGCUCGAUGUGUACAAUUCAGUGAACACAUUUUUUGUAAUGAUCAAUUUGACAGGCUGCACACCUCUAACAUGGAUGGGCUCAAGGACUGCUCAGAACUUUUGUUUUUACAGUGGCCAUCUCUAUAGCACAAAAAGAAAAAACAAACAAACCACUUCACCGUUUGUGUUGCAAAUCAGCAGGCAGUUUCUUGAAUUGUCAAGGAUUCAGCCUUUGGACCACACAUUUUGAAACCAAAAUGGAGAGUCUGUUCUUUGGAAUUUAUAUUGUUUCUUUGGAUAUAGUGAUGAUGUCUGUCUAUGUUCUUUAAGGAUGUCUACAUGUCUUUAACCAAUGUUUCCAUAAAUUAGGAUGCCCAUAUUUGAAAACCACCCAAGUCCAAGCAAGGUAUUUUGCCACAACACUGUCUGAUUCUGUGGUCUAAACUCAAAUGUAGCAAAAUGAAAUUCAGAUGCUAUUGUCAGAGAAAACAGUUAAAUGAAUAAUAUAUUUUAUCUAGAAAUAAUUUCGAAGGAAUUCCUUUGGUAUAUAUAGAGUGAUCAAAACUGUACAAAGCUGUAUCUAAUUGAAAAUGCUUAAAAUAAAGCUCUAAUAAGAAUAUUUUUUUCAUUUAAAAAAGGUUUUAAAAUUGUUCGUAUUGUAUCUGGAAACUCACUGAGUAGUGAGUAUUUGAUAUUGUAUUUUUCUUACUGUAUCAUGGUCAUUAUGUAUUGUAUAACACUCAGGUUAGAUUGCUUUAUGAAUUUUGAUCAACAUUUACCAGCUGCAACAUGAAGUUUCACAAACUGUUUGCUUAUGUGCUUAAGAUGAGUUAUGAAGUAUUGCUGGAUCAAUGUGGAUCAGACUAUACCUGAUGUUCAGAUAUUCUUUUUCUCCCUCAAAUAAAUUUAUUUAAAUCAC